CGGCCAGGACUUGCACGGGGGCGGGACAGAGUCUUUCCAAGGCGCAUGCGCUAAGCCUGUUUCUCGGCGCCAUUUUGUCUGGGCUGCGGUGGCCGCAGAUCUAUCGCGUUUCAUGUUUGUGGUGAGACGAUAGGGAAGUCCUUCUCCCGUAGAUUCUAUUUAGUGCGGCACCCGUCAGCGGUUCCCUCCAGAACAAGACCUAAUGAAGAUCGGAGGAAUAGCGGGUCUGUUUGAAAGGUCGCUUUAUGAAUGAUAGAAAUAAAAGCAAAUAAGAUGGCUCUAGUAGUGCUUAGUUGUCUUGAACUUCAUUUGAAACAAUUUUGUUAGAUUGUAUUGUGACAGCUGAUACAUCAGCAUGCAUUUAAAAAAACAUCUAAAUUGGUGAAUUUUGUAUAGCCAUUUUAAUACUGAAGAUGAAAGAAAAUAAGCACCAUUUUCGGCAUAUUAUGCUUUUUUAUUUCAAGAAAGGUAAAAAAGCAACUGAAACACAAAAAAAGAUUUGUGCAGUGUAUGGAGAAGGUGCUGUGACUGACCGAACAUGUCAAAAGUGGUUUGCAAAGUUUCGUGCCGGAGAUUUCUCUGUGGAUGAUGCGCCACGGUCGGGUAGACCAGUUGAAGUUGAUAGCAAUCAAAUCAAGACAUUAAUUGAGAAUAAUCAACAUUAUACCACACGGGAGAUAGCCGACAUACUUAAGAUAUCCAAAUCAAGCGUGGAAAAUCAUUUGCACCAGCUUGGUUAUGUUAAUCGCUUUGAUGUUUGGGUUCCGCGUAAGUUCAGCGAAAAAAACCUUCUUGACCGUAUUUCUGCAUGUGAUUCUCUACUUAAACGUAAUGAAGAUGUUCCAUUUUUAAAACAAAUUGUGAUGGGUGAUGAAAAGUGGAUACUCUACAAUAAUGUGGAACCAAAGAGAUCACGGGGCAAGCGAAAAGAACCACUACCAACCACACCAAAGGCUAGUCUUCAUCCAAAUAAGGUAAUGUUGUAUAUUUGGUGGGAUUGGGAGGGAGUCCUCUAUUAUGAGCUUCUUCCAGAAAACCAAACAGUUAAUUCCAAUAAGUAUUGCUCCCAAUUAGACCAACUGAAAGCAGCACUUGAUGAAAAGCGUCCAGAGUUAGUCAACACAAAACGCAUAAUCUUCCAUCAGGAUAACGCAAGACCACACGUUUCUUUGAUGACCAGGCAAAAACUGUUACAGCUUGGCUGGGAAGUUCUGAUUCAUCCACCGUAUUCAUCAGACAUUGCACCUUCAGGUUUCCAUUUGUUUCGGUCUUUACAAAAUUCUCUUAAUGGAAAAAAUUUCAAUUCCUUGGAAGACUGCAAGUGUCACCUGGAAAAGUUCUUUGCCCAGAGAGAUAAAAAGUUUUGGGAAGAUGGAAUUAUGAAGUUGCCUGAAAGAUGGCAGAAGGUGGUGGAACGAAAGGGUGAAUACGUUAUUUAAAAACCGAGCGAACGUUUUGGCCAGCCCAUUCUUUAAACCACUUUUCUUUUGUAGAUACCAAGGUUAUUAUCAAGGUAUCACUGUUUUUAUAAAAAUAAAUUUGUAGCCUUGUCCAAAGUAAAAUGUCCCAGCUUUUUUUUUCCUCAGAGGCUAAUCUGUCUCAGUAGUGUAGUUGCAUAGUGCACUACAAAUUAAUCUAGAUUAUUAAAUCUGUAUGUAAGAAAAUGCUGGGUUUAUCAGCUUUUAGGUUUAUCUGAUGUUAUGGCAUAUAGACUAGUUUUCAGGUGCCUUAGGUUCUCAAAUUCAAGUUUCUUUAUAACCACUCUUUUAAAACGGGUUAUUAGUUACAGUGAUAUGAAUAAGAAUUCAUGUCCUCACAGCAUAAUAAAAGAUCCAUAUAGUAAUCUUACUUUGGAAGUUUGCAAAAGUAGAACAGUGGGCCAUAGGUUGGCUUUGGGAUAGUCAGCUUAGUAAUUAUCUCUCUGUAGAUAGAUCCAGUUUAAAAUUGUGUAGGUGUUUGGCCAAGGCCAGCACUGGUGUCAUUCUGAGUUAAAUGCAUGAGUUGUAAAAUGUAAUAGGCAAUUUUAUAUAAAAUAAACCAUGGCAAUGAGAUUUUUGGGGGCUUAUUUGUAUAGUAGCUAUUGAAGCACAAUGAUUGGCUUUUUGAACUACUCAAACCAGGAAGUACCCUGCUGCUAGACUCAGUAACUAGAUUACCUUCCUAGGAAAGCAUGACAGUUGAAUGGAGUAAUACUGGCAUGAGCCCAAUGAAGGGUGUUUACUUAGUAUAUAGGCCUGAAUUCAAAUAGUUUCUUCCUGAUAUAGAGGAUACUAUUCGGGUUAUGACAAUUGUUCUCGCAGGCUUUGAUUCUGAAUAUUCCCUAGUAGCAAUUCUUUUUAAAGAGCACUUACACAUAGAUUCUCAUUUAUUUUUUUAGCAUAAAAUACGGGCAUUUUUAUUUUACAGAUUGAGAAAUUUAAGUGACAGAAUAGCAAUUUUGUGGAUAUUUAAUCUACAGUAAAAUGGAGGAAAAACAUGUUCUUGUGUGUCCCUGUGAUUUAACAGUGGCUGAUGACCAACAAUCAUUUUACUCAGUACAAAACUGGACAAUGGCAUCAAUUAAUUGCCUAUUUACUACAUUGGUAGGUUUCUUUUUACACAACAUCCCAGCAGGAUAUGAUCUUUAAGUCCUAGCUGAGUGAACGAAUGGAGCUUUAAAUUUAAUCUGAUUCCAAAGCCUCUGCUUGCAGUAUUUUAACUAAGGAAUUUUUAAAUAGGCAUAAGUCUACAUUUCAAUGCUAAGUAAAUACGUGUUCAAUUACCCCCACCAAUUUUGUCAAGCAUAUAUUAAUCAAACUUCAGUGAUUACAAGACAAAAA